GCAAAAAGGUAGCUCUUUCGGUUUUUGUUCUUUUUCACCGAUAGCACUUGUGGAGCCCCAUGUCGAGCGAUGGCAAAUCUGACCGUCAGGGCGUUGCGGGGUUUCGGUCACCGUUGCCACCGUGGUUGAAGACAGAUGACCUGCAGGUUCGAACGCCUUUGAAGCCACCAGCUACACCAAAAGCACCGAUGUUGCCUAAUACAUCUUGGAUGCAAAUUGUGGAAGAACGCCGUCGAGCAACCGAAGAGCGUUUGGGGCCAAAGGCAGACCAUCCAAAACCGCUCACGAAAUUGCGUGGCCGCACUCCGGCGAUGCCUCAAGAAACAUCUGAAGAUUGGUGUCGCGAGGCACGAAAUCUGCACAGAAAGGCCCUGGCUAGACUCUUGCGUGACCUGAAGGAUCGCUUAGAAAAGGAAGAGGUCAGAACUUUGGCCGUUGAGGCCAAGCUUCCUCAAACCAUUUGGUCCAAAUUUGACAAGCUCGAUCCAUUCUCCAGAGCUAGCAGUCUGUCGAAGGCCAAGGCUUGUGGGUGGUAUCACAGCAAUGCUGCUGGUGCAGUGAGCCAGUCAGAGCCCUCCAUUUCUAUGCCAAGGAAGCCUCCAGCUCCAGCAGCAUAUCCAUACGCCACGGUCCUUCCAGAGCCUUUGUGGAUCUUCCGUGAGACUGUUCAAAAGGAAAAAGGAAAAGAACGAUAGAAGAAGAAGAAGCCUAAAGAAAGGAGGACAACAAACACUUCAGUCUUUUUUUUCAAAUGUUCAUUCAGGUUCACAGUCUGAAUUUUACAACUUUGAGAGUUCACACUUCGUGCCAGGCAGCUGUGGAUCUUUGAGAGCGAACAACAAGCAGAGUUCAGAUCUGGUACCAAACAGCGGUUCACAUUUUGCU